GUGUCCUGCCUUCCGCUCGCCACCUCCGCGAACGCGCCCGUUUCAAAUAAUGUGAAAGUGAAAGAAGCUGCGUUCAGUCGCUGAGUAUCAACUAAAGCAGGACAGAGAUCACGUCAGUUCAGCCCUGUAAGGCCAAUAGCCUUCCCCCCCGGGUUGCGUCAUUUCAAGCCCACUCGUCUUUCCUGAAAAGAAAAGCACAUGCAUCGUAUUUAAAGGGCUCAGAAAGACCAGAGCUCCGAUAUUUCUUCACCCUGGAGUAACAUGGUCACAUCGUUACAAAAUCAAGCAAAAGAGAGGCACAACAUUUCUUUCGAGAUGCCAUUUGCGCUCAUGGAUAAGGUCGACGAAGAAACGAGCUCUUUCUCUGGAAGUGAUUCGAACAGUCCACAGACAUGGGGCACAGGUAAACCGAAUGUAAGGAUGUAUCAGCGUCGACAGAGAAACAGAGAUGCAGCUCGGAAGAGUCGCAAAAAGCAGACAGAAAGGGCAGAUGUGCUCCAUGAGGAACUGCAGACUUUGGAACGUUCCAACUCUGCUUUGGUGAAAGAAAUUUCCGAACUACAGAAAGAACUGCAUUGCUACACUACAGCCUUAAAAGAACAUGAACCCCACUGUAUACUAUCAUGUUGGUCUGGACCUUCCAAUCAAGACAUGUCUACCUCAGACUUGCCUCAACCCUUUAACCCAAACCCUGGUGACCAGUCCAUACUUCCAAUGACAGAUCCAAUUACACCGGACGUUUCUCUUUCUGAGCUCCUGGAUAGGGCUGACUGGACAACAUGGGACCCAGAUAUAAGAUUUCCACAAUUUUGAAAAGAGAUGCUAAAUGAUAAAGCUGAAAACUAAUAAUCUGUAGCUGUGCCAAAAUUACUACAACAUAGAUCUAGCUUUUAAUAUGCUCUAGAAGGUGCUGGUCACAGUUGUUAAGAUUUUACAUUGUAUGUACUAAGCUUUAUUAUUAACUCCACAAUUUUAUUUUUAUAUUUGACAAAUACAACAAUUAGUGCAGACUGUGAUAAAACAUGUACACCAACCAAAUUAUUUGUGUUGGCCACAAACCAUUUGCUGCUCAUCUGUAUAAUAAACAAAGGGGUAUUAAUAUAUAAUAAAUCAUAUAUAAUGUGUAUAUUUGUAACCCGAGUGUAAACAAGUUUGAUGCGAAAGCACUGAAUAAGCAGCCCGCAUCUUUUUUUUUAUAAAUAACAUGAAAUAUA